AUGUCGAGCGUGCGAACAAGGAGGCAGGCAGCUGCGAUAUCUACACCCUCAACACCCACUCCAGCCCCAAAAGGAGAGAAGCAGGUCGUCAUGAAUGGAAACGGGUCAGCACACGCGCCCGCGAAGGAGGAGCAACCGCACGAGAACAUUUUCCUGUUCUACCCAAAUGUAAUCGGCUACGUGCGGAUCGUGCUGGCAUUUGCGUCGUUGUACUAUAUGCCACUGCAUCCGCGAACCUGUUCCUUGCUCUACAGCAUCUCCUGUCUCCUCGACGCUCUCGAUGGCUACGCUGCGCGAUACUUUGAACAGUCGACACGGUUUGGAGCUGUACUUGAUAUGGUGACGGAUCGGUGCACGACGGCGUGUUUGCUUGUUUUCCUCUCAUCAGCUUGGCCUCGUUGGGCUCUGCUCUUCCAAGGUCUGAUCUCUUUGGACUUGGCGAGCCACUACGUUCAUAUGUAUGCGAGCUUGGUAAUGGGUGGAACCGAUACCAGCCACAAGAAGGUGGAUAAGAGCCGGAGCUACAUCUUGAACUUGUACUACACGAACAAGGCGAUCUUCUUCAUCGCCCUCUACCUCCUCUCCUUCUCCUCGCCCCUCCUCUCGCCCUCCCUCCUCCAGGUUAGCAACAACGGCACCGGGGCCUCAGGUGCCUCUCUUCAACCCGGCAACCCUUCCAACCCAUCAGCCUCCUUCCUGUUCGCCAACCCUCACAGUGCCGGCGCGCUAGAGCUGGCGCGGGCCAACAAGAUGGACUCGUUCAUCCCCUGGGUCAUUGCUGGUGUCAGCUUCCCAGUCAUGUUUGGAAAGCAGAUCAUCAACGUCGUGCAAUUAGUCAAGGCGUCCAACUGGUUGGCAGAGGGCGACAUGGAGAUGAGGAGAGCUGCUGGCUUGCCGCGCAAGAAGAAGGUCAACUAG